CGGUUGCUGUGCACCAUGCACAUCACCCAGCUCAACCGCGAGUGCCUGCUACACCUCUUCUCCUUUCUGGACAAGGACAGCAGGAAGAACCUUGCCAGGACCUGCUCCCAGCUCCAGGACGUGUUUGAGGACCCCGCACUCUGGCCCCUGCUGCACUUUCGUUCCCUCACAGAACUCAAGAAGGACAACUUCCUCCUGAGCCCGGCGCUCAGGAGCCUCUCCAUCUGCUGGCACUCCAGCCGCGUGCAGGUGUGCAGCAUCGAGGACUGGCUCAAGAGCGCCCUCCAGAGGAGCAUCUGCAGCCGGCACGAGAGCCUAGUCAGUGAUUUCCUCCUCCAGGUGUGCGACAGGUGCCCCAACCUGGCAUCCGUCACGCUGUCGGGCUGCGGCCACGUCACCGACGACUGCCUGGCGCGUCUCCUGCGCUCCUGCCCGCGCCUGCGCGCGCUGCGCCUGGAGAACUGCGCGCGCGUCACCAACCGCACGCUGACGGCCGUGGCGGUGCACGGGCGGGCGCUGCAGACGCUGCACGUGGACUUCUGCCGCAACGUGAGCGCGGCCGGCCUGCGCCGUCUGAGCGCCGCGUGCCCGCGCCUGACGCUGCGCGCCGAGCACAGCGCGGCCAUGAUCCCCGAUCAGCCCCCGCGCGGCCUGCGUUCGCCUGGCGCUGUCCUCCGCAAACAGCUUCUGCGCUAGGCCCGCCGGGCCGUGGCUGGGACACCGGCCCUGGGCCUCCGGGCGGGAGGAGUGGCCUGCACUGAACAACAGCCCCUAGACAGCCUCCACAUUCUCAGCCAAGACGGGGAUACGAGCGCCUCCCCCACAUUACGAUUUUAUACAUUGGCUGAGUGCAAGAUUUGAUGGCCAGAUGCUUGGCAAACACUCGGGUGUUUCUCACUAAACACAGCACCCUUCCCUGUCUCCCCUAAGCACCCGGUUCUCCGCCUGGCGCUGCGCGGGAGCCCUUAGCCCAUACUCCCCGGCUGAGGUUGCAGUUGGGGAGGGGGUGGUCUAAAUAACAGCCAUGGGGAGGCGUGGCCGCUCGGAGCUACCCGGAGGCGCGUCUCCGUGCUGCACCAGCGGGAGGAGGGGAGGCACCCCGGGCGCAGGGCGCUAGAGGGCCAUCGAACGGGUUACCUAGAGGCUUUGUUUGCUCCGCGCCCACUCCAGGCCGCUAGCCUUUCAUCUGGCAGAUACAUUCCUAGCAGUGACUGAAAACGCGAUUCUAGAAAAUUCACUUGUUGUUGUGAUUCUUUCAUAAACUGGAUGGUUAUCCUUAUUUUCUACCGUUCUCCCAUCAUAAAGGGAAACAAUCAUUGGAAAAACCCAAAGUAAAGACAUAAAAACAAAAGCAGCAGACCUGGUUAAAUCCUUGGUUAACGAAGCCAUUAAAAGGCAAUGCAAAGUUAAAUUUUUACCUGCUAUAUUUGCUGAACAUGGGCGCACGCCUGGAGUUCAACUUCAGGGCUUUAGUCACUGGUGCCCCACCUUUAGCCACCAAAGGAAGGGCUGGCUCUCAGCCAUCCUGCAGCCUCCUGGUUCUAGGUACACGGGGAAAACUUUGGGUAAGUGGGGAAAGGAGGGAGAAUGGUGGAGUGGUGGGUGAUACUCACACCCUGGCUCCUCCCAUCACCAGCUGAGAUCAAGGCCCUUUAACCACCUGAGGCCAGGUGUUUCUUCUUUGUGAAAGGGGCUCUUGAUGCCUACUCCCGUUGUUGGGCUGCACGCCACAGGCCUACAAGGCCUGCACUUGUCCAGCUUUAAGACUGAAGAAAGAGCCCAGAGUCAGCAGCAGAGACAUCAAUGGUUUAAUGGAUGGAGGAAUCUUACAUGUCUGAAGCAAGGUCCUGGAGUGACGCCCCACUGUGUGCAGCUGAUGGUGGGCAGGACAUGGUGGCAGUCUGUGCUUGGUGGUGGGAAGGGGAGAUUACCAGUUAUCGGGGAAUUGAUGUCAGGUGAGCUCAUUAGUUACGAGGGAAACCAAUGGAAUGGCACGCCCCUCACCACCCCUUUGAUAAGAACAGCCUCAGCUGGGGCCUGGGACAAGAACAAAGGAAUAUUAGUCAUGUGUGUAAGGUUUAGGUGAAACAGGCACUGGUCAGGCAGGGGAUGUACAGAGAGCAAGAGAACAGCCAUCUUGAGAGGCCUGACCAUACACAUGGGUUCCUUAAUUCGUUGCCCCAAUAUUGGGGAAACAGCAAGGAAAACAAGACAUUCUCAUGGAGCUUAUGUUUUAGUGGGGGAAGAGACAGUAAGUAAUGGGUGUAUAAGAAGAUAAGU